AUGCUGUGCUACGUUUGGGUCGUCGUGUGGACACUGGGCUGCUCCGCACUCGACGAACCCGGCGAGACCUGCCAUGGCGACACAUGUGCCGCCAAGGCGGAUGCCGAAUUCCAUCGAGAGUUCUGCGCCCGCCCGCGCCCAAUCUACCGAGCUCAGUUUCCUCAGGCGAUGACAGCUCAACAGUGUGCUGACAUCUGCAGGCAAACGAUCAGUUGCUUGUACUUCAAAGCGGAUGGACACAUAUGUGACAUGUUUUCCAGCUGCAAGAGCGAGUGGUCCGACGCAGCGAAUUUGGCCACGGAGCUCUCUCAGAUUCCGGAAGAUCCUGCACGCUGCACUUGGACAUCCAGGCGUCAGCAAGACCAAGCGCGCCGGGCGGUCCGAGCGGCAGCCACACAAGGUGGCGAGCUGCAACAGCACCUGGUCGACGCUGCCUUGCACCACGUGAACUCGCCAGCAUUUGAGAGCUGCCCUCUUGCCGGCGCGGCCAUUCGAAUACUGCAUGUCUGGGCUGCGGCAUCCUACCACCAUGGCUGGAGGCCGAGCUUGGCCUUUGCGACCGAAGCGAGGGAGCUGCCUUUCACAACCGAGCUCACUUUGCUCCUGGAUGUCCCGUGGCCCGAGCUCCUGAGCAGUCUUUGGUCGAAGGCCCUCUUCCUGGCCUUGGCGCAGGUGGCGGAGGGCUUGUGCCGGCGCUUGGCAAACUCCUCCGUGGAAGCCAACUGCACAGCAGCGCCGGGCCAGUGCGACGUCGGCCGGGCUGCCUCGCUGCUGCAGAAGAGUGCCCCCUCAGCUGCAGAGAAGGCGUUGCUGAAGGCGCAGAGACUUCUCUCACCGUGUGCAUCUGAUGGCCGGCUGUCCUCAUUGCUUCGGGUGAAGGACGUUUCGCGGCUUUUCGCGGAGCUGGCAAACUUGGCGCCACCUCUCGACGGCGAGGUCGGACAGCAACUGGAGAACGCUUGCGCUGGAGCCGUGGCCCCCGUGGAGCUGGACAGCCUGGCCACCAGGGUGGUAGUCAGAGACGACCGCUUGGCUGCAAUCGGCCUGGCAGCAUCCAAAAGGACUUGCGGUGACUUGAUGGGCUCCGGCAAGAAAACGCGGCUGCUAGAUAUCCUGGUCUUCAUGGAGCCCCUGCAGUCGACGGGGCAUCUGAGUGGCUUCUUCAACGCGUACACAGAGAACCGAUGUGAGAUGGAUUUCUUCUCCCACUUCCACAGCGUCUUCUGCAUGCUGGGCGAUGGCCCUGAUCACGAUGCAACAUGGGUUCGUCUUGCUUUCAUGACCUCAGGGCUGCUGGUACACCCUCCAUACGGGCCAGGAGCUUGGUCUUGCAUCCUCCCUGCCAAGAGGAGCAGAAUUGACCUGAGCCUCGUAGAUCCCUUCCGCUGGCAGAGGCCACUGCGACUGCGCAUGCGCGUGAGGGCGGCGCCGCAGAAGUACCAGUUCGCAGUUUGCCCACAGCCCUUAUACCGACUUGAGUCCAAUCGUGAUUUGCUGGAAGACUGGCUUGACUACCACAAUGACAUGGGAAUCGACCAUUGGUCCGUGUAUGAUCUCGAUGGCUCAGGAGCUGCGGCCCUCUCUCGGCGCAAGGAUGUUGACUAUCACCCAGAUUUUCCGAGCACGUUGAAUUCCACGCGGCUGGCGGAAGGCAACUGGUGGAAUCCAAUCUGUUUGGAGGCCAUCGCGCUUACCCAAUGCUUCUGGCGAUACAGGGGCCGGGCGGAAACCGUCUUUUCCUUGCACUCCUUCGACGAGUUCCUUGUGUCUGCAAAGCAUCGGCAAGGCGGAUUCAAGCGGUGGCUGUCAGCGGCUGCGAUGGACAACCUUACAACUGUGGUGCGGCUGCCGGCUGUGAACUAUGGAGGUGCGGCUGCGGCCGGGAAGUCCCCGCUCAUCCAGCGGUUCCGGCGGCACACCGGGAAGCUGUACUGGCAUAUCGUGGGAGCCAAUCCCGACCAUGUCCUGUCUGUCAAUACUACCAACGCCUGGCCGGAGCCUCCGCGCAAGCAGAAUGCCUUCUUCCAGCCGGACGUCUUCCGCGUAAACCACUACGUGGAUGCCCUGGGCGCGCGCGACCAGCGCCAGGAUCAGUUCAUCCACGAAGACCCCGAGAAGGUCCUCGGCUGGGCUGCAGAGAGGCUGCAAGAGGCCAGAAAGCGCCGGCAGGCCCGCAGAGAGGGGGGCCUCUCCACGGCCGGCCCCCUGCUGGCGGCCGCGCUCCGCGCCGCGGAGGUGAACUCCUUUGCCAACAAAGAAGAUCAGGCGGACAACAUCUCUGGGAUGCUGUACAGCGCCUUUGGCAUCAUGUCGCCCGCUGUGCGCGUGGCCUUCCGCGUGGCAGGGCUGGAGGAGGAAGGCCGCGUGCGGAAGGUUCUCCGGGAUGGCUUCGCCAGCUGCGACACUGGCCAGGAUGGAACCCUGUCCGCGGCAGAAUUCCGGGCCUGUGCGGAGCCGCAGGGCUGGGACGCUCACCUUCAGCGUCGGGAUUUCCACUACGCUGGCAUCUUCCUUCACGCGUGGGCGAGCAAGGCCACGGCCCAGACUCUCUACGACGACAUGGACGUCGACCCGCACGAUGGGCACCUCUCGCGGGCAGAGUGGGAGGAAGGAUUUGCCCUUGUGGCAGUCGUUUGGGGUGUUAAGAUGCCCAACUUCGAGGUUCUGUUGUCCCCAAGGAGAGAUGAUGGCAAAGUCAGCCGCCACCAGGUUGCCUCCGGCUCUGUGCUCGACAAGAAGUAG